AGCUACGACACUGUUUGCUAUAGGAGUUUACCAGUACUCGCGAAAAUGGGCCUUUAUUGGGUUUCCAUGAAAAUCUAAUAUAAAAGAAGAGCAGAGGAUCACCCUCCCGUGGAUCCACCACUGAAUAACGUACAUAAAUUUAUCACGUGAUGAUAACGCUACACCAGGAAGUAAAAAUAUGUGGGACAACAAACGUCGUAUCUAAUAAUUAAAAUGCGAAGAAUUUUCCUUGAAACCUAUUCACACUGAUCAAGGUGGCUGACUAUGGACCCAAGGACUUGGGCCCAGGAUGUGUUACGGUGUCGUCUCUGUGAGACCCCGGGCCCACCUAUGUACUGUGAUAUUUGUCACAUACAUCUGUGUAAAGCCUGUGUGGGGGAACAUCUCUCUGAGGAGUCCAAAGAACACAAAGUGGUGACAUUUGAAAAGCGAGGAUCUACUACGAAAUGUCCAAAACAUUCCUCCAAUAUAAGUGUACUUUACUGUGAACAAUGUGACAUUCCUAUUUGUUUGCAGUGUGCUUCUUCUACAGAACACAAAGGUCAUGAAUUUGUUGACGUAGUCAAAACACUUGAACUUCAAAAGAAAAUCUUAGAGAAAGAUUUACAAGAAUUAGAGGAAUCAAUUUAUCCUAAAUAUCAAGAAAUUGCUGCUAACUUCCCAGUUCAGAAAGCUGGUCUGUCUAAAAAUUCCAGAAAAUUAAUAACAGCUAUUGAUAAACAUGGAGAAAACUUGCACAGAGAAAUAGACGCCUAUAUCCAGAAACUAAAAUCUGAUCUUGGUGAAAUGGACUCCAAACACCUGGCUGUCCUUAAUAAACAAGAGAAUGAAAUCAAACGCAUCAUUUCUGAAAUUACAAGGAUUUUAUCCCAACAGAAGAACAUGCUAAACUCCAAUGAUGUCAGCCUUGUCUAUGCGUACACAUCCAGGAAUGCUGAAUUCAGAAGAUUGCCUCCAAAACUCACAGUUACCUUACCAAGUUUUACCCCUCCGAAGAUUAACAAAGAACAUCUCUUUCAACAGUUUAUUGGUUCUUUGUCAGUGUCAUCUAUUAAAACAGAAGAACAUGGCUACACCAUGGAAUCUCCCGGUGCUGAGUUCUCUCCUCCGGACAGACCACUCAUUGAUGUACCACAAAUAAUCACAGAGAUUAACACCGAGUAUAGUUUAUCUAACCAAUUAUGCAGUGUAUCAUGUCUGAAUGAUGAAAAUAUAUGGACGCGUGGUGGUGACGAAAUAAUGAGACUCUACAACAUCCGAGGGAAACUAGUGCAGUCAGUCAAAACCAAGUCAGGGAACUCUCCAUGGGAUAUAGCAGUGACAAGGUGUGGGGAACUAGUUUAUACUGAUGACAAAGAUGGUACUGUGAACAUAGUGAAGAAUACACAGAUACGGACAGUGAUCAGACUUCAGGGGUGGAGACCUCUCAAUGUAUGUAGUACCUCCUCUGGUGACCUCCUGGUUGUCAUGAACAAUGAUGAUGAUAAACAAGCAAAAGUUGUGUGUUACUCUGGCUUCACAGAGAAACAAAGUAUUCAAUGCAAUGACAAAGGACAAUCUCUCUUUUCAACUAAUAGUUAUAAAUACAUUUGUGAGAACAGGAACCUAGAUAUCUGUGUGUCAGACCGUGGAGCCGGUGCAGUAGUGGUGGUCAAUCAGGCCGGGAAACUCCGGUUUACCUACACUGGUGGUCCCUCUAAGACAUCAUUUAAUCCACGCGGCAUCUCAACAGACAGUCAGAGUCGGAUUCUGAUAGCAGAAUGGGAUAAUGACUGUAUCCAUAUCCUGGAUCAGGACGGACAGUUCCUCCGCUACAUUGACAACUGUAAUUUACGCGGUCCUUGGGGUUUAUGUGUGGACACCAGAGACAACCUCUUUGUGGCUGUCCGGGCUUUAUGUAAAGUGACGAAAAUCCAGUAUUACAUAUAAACAAACACUAAUAAACUGCAAUUUUAUACUACCGGUACAUGUCUAAACAGUGACAGAGUGACUGUGAUUUGUAAAUGAUCCAUUUAUUAAUGUGUAGAAAUCUAUCGAAUUUAUAGGGAUUAUUUAACUAAAUGUGAAUAAACAAAAAGUUUAGAAAGCCAAGCGGCGUUUGAACUUUAUUUCAGCGGG